GGCGUGUCUCGACUUGUGAAAGCAGGAAACGCGGAUGUGUUUCGCCUAAUCCGUAUCUACAGUGUUCCGAUUCUAUGUCGAACGCAAACCCCAAUCCACGCUGAUCUGAGCCAGGAGCAGUGCAUCGGACGCGGGUUGGCCGGAACCGAGUGGAGGAAUGCCUGCCGGUGUUUGUGGAUGUUGUGGUCCUCUGCGGCCACGCUAUAAGCGUCUAGUGGACAAUAUAUUUCCAGAGGACCCCAAGGUAACCUCAGAAAUGAUGGAUUGGUCAAAUCAGAUAUGGAAAAGUUAACGUUUUAUGCAGUGUCGGCACCAGAGAAGCUGGACCGCAUUGGCGCGUACCUUGCCGAGCGCCUCAGCAGAGAUGUGGUACGACACCGCUACGGGUACGUGGUAAUUGCGAUGGAGGCAUUGGAUCAGUUGUUGAUGGCUUGUCAUUCUCAGAGCAUCAAGCCAUUUGUGGAGAGCUUCUUGCACAUGGUGGCCAAACUGCUGGAAUCCAGAGAACCAGAUUUACAAGUGCUGGGCACGAACUCAUUUGUGAAGUUUGCGAACAUUGAGGAGGACACGCCCUCUUAUCAUCGCAGAUAUGACUUUUUCGUCUCCCAGUUCAGUGCUAUGUGUCACUCCACACACGAGGACCCCGAAACCCGCACCAGGAUCCGUGUGGCUGGGAUUAAAGGUCUCCAGGGUGUCGUCAGAAAGACUGUGAAUGAUGAACUGCAGGCAAUCAUCUGGGAGCCUCAACACAUGGAUAAACUCAUCCCCUCCAUGCUGUUCAACAUGCAAGACAAUGAGGACUCUGAGAGGGCUGGAGAGGAGAAUCCGGCUUCAUUGGCGGAGAGUUGUUUUCGAGAGUUGCUGGGUCGCGCUGCUUAUGGCAACAUGAACAAUGCUGUGCGUCCUGUGCUGGUACAUUUAGACAACCAUCGUCUGUGGGAGCCAAAUGAUUUCGCUGUGUCCUGUUUCAGGAUAAUCAUGUACUCAAUACAGGCCCAGCAUUCUCACCAUGUAAUCCAGCAAGUGUUGUCUCACCUUGACACCCACAGUAAGAACAUACCACGUGUCAGGGCAGGCAUCGUUCAGGUGCUCCUGGAGACAGUUGCCAUAGCAGCCAAAGGUUCCAUUGGUCAUACUCCUAAUCAAAACAAUGCUUAUACAUUUCUCAGUCCCAUCUCUUCACCACCCAAUCUGUGGUUGGGUCCCACAGUCCUGGAAGUGUUUAACACCCUGUUGAAGCAUCUGCGGAUGAGUGUGGAUUUUGAACUGGGUGAAGGAUCGCGCAGGAACUCUGCGAGCAGCCUUUCCUCCACCCGCACCAAAGAAAGCGAAGAGCGCAUUGUACAAAACGCCAUCAUACAAACCAUCGGUUUCUUUGGAGGCAAUCUUCCUGAUUAUCAGAGAGCAGAAGUGAUGAUGUUCAUAAUGGGGAAAGUUCCAGUUUACGGCACGCCCUGUCACACCCUGGACACCGUCAAGAUUGGGCAUCAGGGCACCAAGAGAAUUCAAACGAUGCUGCUCAGUUCUCUCAUUAUGGUGACAUCGGGGUUUAAGUGUAAAACGAUGUGUGCUGGUUUGCCCGUUGCUUUUCUCGAGCCGUUGUGCUCCAUCUCUCUGAUGGAAGACAGUGAACUUCGGCAACUCGUCCUGGAGAUCCUGCACAACAUCAUCGAUCGCCAUGACAACAGAGCCAAACUCCGUGGGAUCCGAAUUAUUCCUAAUGUAGCUGCUCUGAAGAUCAAAAGAGAGAAGAUCUCCAAACAGGAUGUUGUUUUCAUGAAAAAGCAUGGGCAGCAGUUAUACAGACACAUCUAUCUGGGCUGUAAGGAGGAAGAUAAUGUACAGAAGAACUUUGAGCUGCUGUUCACAGCUCUGGCCCUUAUCACUAUUGAACUGGCCAAUGAGGAGGUGGUGAUUGACCUCAUGCGGCUGUCCAUCGCACUACAGGACAUGGCCUUGACCAAUGAGGAGAACAUGCCCAUGUUCAUUCGUUGUGGCAUUAUGGCAUUGGUCGCCGCCUACCUCAACUUUCUCAGCCAGAUGAUCGCGAAUCCAUCUUUCUGCCAGUACGUCAGCAAGGUGAUUGAGCUGAGGAAUCUGGAUGCUCCGUACCUGCUGCCUGAACACGUCUUCAGAGAGAAGUGUGUGCUCCCAGAUUCUCUGGAUCGGGAUGAUAUCAGUCUGUAUUUUCAGACAGCUGAUUUGGCAGAAGCUCUGACUGUACCUGGAUAUAAUGUGGAGAGACUGGCUGCACCUUACAUUCCCCAGGUUACAGAUGAAGACCGGCUGUCCCGUAGGAAGAGUUUUGUAGACACCAUUUCUCUCCAAGUUGACAUCCUUUCCAACAGCUUACCGGAUCAGUCUCAGCUUGCAGAGGAGAUAACAUUUGAGACACUGAAGAAGGCCAUUGAUACCACUGGUUUGGAAGAGCAGGAGAGAGAAAGGAGACGGCAGGUGAUGGAAAAGUUCCAGAAAGCUCCUUUUGAAGAGAUUGCUGCCCACUGCGAGUCCAAGGCCAACAUGCUACAUGAUCGCUUGGCUCAGAUAUUUGAACUCACCAUUCGACCGCCCCCGAGCCCGUCGGGCACAUUGACUGUGACAUCAGGCCACACCCAGUACCAGUCUGUGCCAGUCUACGAAAUGAAGUUCCCUGACCUCUGUGUGUACUGAGCCAAGACCUUUCACCUUUUACUGUAUCACACAAACUCAACAUUGGUAUAUGACCACUAACAUUUUUUCACACUUCAUAAGACCAUGUGCAUCAAAGCCACUCACUUUAACCUUUGACAUAUAGCAUCGUUUUAAUCUAUAUUAGACUUAACAUCAUGUAAAUGCAUUAUGAAAUCCCAUCACACGUGUUUCCACGCCUCCAUUUUGCACCAGUCAGCACACAGAGCUCUUCAACCAGCCAUCCAAUCAUACACCAGCUCUAUAGGGUCAUCUGAAUUUUAUGUGUGUGUGUGUGUGUGUGAGAUUUUUGGUUUGAUUCUUGCACUAGAAGGCAGCUCAAAGAAUCAAACUGACCAAGAGUGUUUCGAUAUGUGAUUCGUUAGUUCCUUGAUGUCUUGAUUGAUAGGAGUCAUUUGGAAAAUGUAUUAUAAAUUAUGGAAACUUAAAGGUCAGCAUUAGUUCAAAUGCUAGUGUAUCUCUCUCUUGUCUUUCUCGCUUUCUUUAACACAGUAAGCCAUCAUCAACUCACUUUUGCUGAAUAUAUAUAUAUAUAGACACACA